AUGUCGCUGGGCCGGGGAUACGGAUCCGUCGCUGUCAUGGAGACGGCAAAGGGCCGGCAAUCCAUGAACUCUUCGCCCUCAGGAACCUCCAACAACUUCAACAGCCUCAAGAAGAUACGGAAAACCCAGUUCGAGAAGGAUAUGAAUGCAUUGGAAAAGGAUCGCUUGUGCCAGCUGCUCAAGAAGGACGCCCGAGCCAAUUCGAGGCAGUUCUGGGAGGCCAUGAAGGCCGCGGCGGUGCAGCGGUACGAGAGCACGGAUGGCGCCUUUCUGGCCUUCGCCAGCUCGUCGGACUGUAUGAUGUCGCUGGAGCAGUUUCAGGAGCUCUGCGAAGAGCUGGGCUUCACGCUGUCUCUCAGCACGGCGCGGAGUCUCUUCGACCAGAAGCUGCGCGACUGGGACAUGCGGGCGCUCUCGCUGCAGGAUUUUCAGGAUGCUUGCAUCGUUGCACAGCUGGACCGCACGCGCGGGCGGAUGCGAUCACACAAGCAGAAUCUCCUUGCAUGCGCGGGUCACAUUGACAGCUUCAUCAAGAACCUUGCCCUCUAUACUGGCGAAGAUGCCCGGCGACGAGCCGUCAACCGCUUCCAACAGAAGCUGACGCCCCGGUUCUGUGAGUCUCUUUGGAUAAGCCUCCAGCAAUGGGCUCAGCGCCGUGCACAGCUGGCGGAGGCGACCAUCUCCUGUGAUAUUUUCCUGAAGAUGGUCGAUGCGAUCCAAUCUUUCCAGGCAUAUGAGGUGGAGUUCCUGUCUCACAUCUAUGAGCGAGUGGACCGAACUCGGAAGGGCGAGGUGUUCUUGCCUGACCUUGCUGUAGCCGUCAUGCUGCUGGCAACCAAUGGAAGUCGCUGCGACAAGGCACGCCUCAUCUUCACUGUCUUCGACACCGACAGUGAUGGGUGUUUGUCUUCAGAGCAGCUUCUGAAGAUGUACUGCAGCCUGGUCAUCCAUGCAGCCAUCGCCCGAGGCGAUCAGCCUUCCUACGAUGCAGAUCUCCUUCUGGGUGAUGAGCUCUCCCUUGCAAAGGCACGCCGGUUCUACGAGUAUACGGCUGCGCAUCCCUCUGAUGCCCUGGAUGACGACCUCUGCACUUUCGAAGAGUGGUGGUCCAUCCUGGAGGGAAACUUUGCCAUGAUGGAGGAGCUGCUGCCAGGGACCUACGGCAUCACUUGGGUGCUGCGCCCACGAGGUCGCUGUGAGCGGCCAGAAUCCAAAAAGCCUUCAAAGCACGGGCGGAGGCCUGAGUGGAAUUUGCUGCGGACUGCUGCCAUCCUGGCUGGAGAUGGCUCGGGAGAUCGCAGAGGAGAUGAAAGCGACCAGAACUCUCGCAAAGCUUCGAAGAUGGUCGAGAAGGUCCCUUCGAAACGGCGGACGGUCGCUCCGGAGAAAAGCGGCCUGAGACCGCCCUCCGCAAGGCGGCUUCCAGAGGAUUCUGCCGAGAAGUUUCGCAUUCACGCGGCCAUCCGGUUUCGGCACGCUGUGCGUGGAGAGUGGGAUGCCGUGGCAGCACUACAAUCUGGCCCACCGGGGAGUGCCGACCAUCAAAGCUUGGCUCUGCCAGCGCUGGCAGAGGAGAGGGCGCAGCGCAGCGCCCUAUGGGCUGAUGAAGUAGGCUCCUUUAGCAAGCGGCAACGCCGGGGCAACUGGAAUGACAACCACCGAGACACCAUCACGAAUUGGUCGCAGCUGGUGCCACGGGAUGAGGACAAAGCCAAGAAGUCGGAGCGUGGCCUCCAGCGGACCCCGCAGACGCGCUCGCUACCCGAGCUACGCAGGAACUCCAGGAGCUCGCUUGGCGCGGAUUCGAUGUACAACUCUGCACAGAUGAGCUUCGAUGACAUCCGCGCCGCAACUGCCGCCAUGAUCUCCGAUACCACGAAAGAGGGCAGGUCCUCAAUGGAUCGACUGAAGGUUGGUCAGCACCGGCAGGGCCCAUUGGCCAUGCAUCGCUUUCGCAGUGCCGCGACGGUGAAGACGAUUCCCGAGUCGGAGGACCAUGGAAACACGGCCGCUGUUGAAUGGUGCGAGCUGUGCCACUGCCGGCAUCCCACUUCGGCUCAUUGCUGA